AUGCAACAAAGAGUGGCCAUUGUCACCGGCGGAGCGGAUGGUUUCGGCGCCGCCAUCGCAGAUCGAUUCAGCAACGAAGGCUGCCGCGUAAUAAUCCUUGACUUAAACAAUCAGAAAGGGGAAGAGAAAGCUGCCAAUGAUCCGAAUUUGCACUUUCUACUGGGGGACGUGACUCGACAAGACACCUGGAGCCAGGCACUGGCAGUGGCCAGAGAGAGAUUUGGCCGCCUGGAUGUCGUCGUUAACAACGCAGGUAUAACGGGAAGUCAGAGUUCUGUGCACACCAAAGACAUGCUCGAGUACGAACGGACGUUCAACGUGAAUGUCAGACCCAUAUUCUGCAGCGCCCAGGCCAUCGUUCCCUUUAUGAUGGAACAGGGACACGGCGUCUUUGUAAACAUUACCAGCACCGGGUGUACUCGGCCCCGGCCAGGAUUUGCCUUCUACAAUGCCUCCAAGGCAGCAGUGAACGUGGCGACCAAAACUAUGGCGUUGGAAUAUGCACCAACCAUCCGAUUUAAUUGUAUCGCGCCGGCAGUGGGUAAUACGUCCAUGCUACAAGCAAGUACUGGAAACGGAGAGGACUCAAGGGAGCGGCUACAGAAGAUCGAGGACAUGCUGCCAAUGAAGCGAGUCACUCAGCCAACGGACAUAGCAAAUGCGGUAUGGUAUCUGGCGUCCGACCAGAGCUCUUUUGUGACUGGAACGACUCUGGAGGUAGAUGGUGGGCGGGGAGUAUAG